CUUCAUUAGCCUUCACGCCUUCUUCUUCCUGGGUUGCUUUGUCCAGCAACUCUUGGACUCUACUAUUAAUUGAGUCCAAAGCUAUUGGGUCUAUUUCCUGGGCCGAGCCAAUGUAUACUUUGUGAAACGAACAACAAAAAUAAGAUUAAUAUCACUAAUAUAAUGGAUGGCGAUUUUAGACUUCCUUGAAAGAUAUAUCUCAGACAUUUUUAUUUACAUUAAAAAUAAAUAAAUAAAAACAAUAAUAAGGAUCUAGAAGACCUGUACAAUGAUUAAGAGUUUUUUCAUAAUCACGUGAAUUUUUUAGAAAAUAGUAAUUAGAAUUGUUGUUGGACUCUCAACGAAUAGGAGCACAAAAAUUGUGGUCCCAGAUGUGAACAAAAUACAAAAGUUUUUCCAAAAAUAUAUUAUUUGAUUUUUUUUUUUCUUUUUUCCUGGAAACGAACCUUAUCAAACACAGGGGAACAAAAACUCAUUAAUACGAGUCCAGCUUAAGAGCUUAAAAAACCCAAUUCAAACACUUACAACCUAAACCAGAUAACAUCAUAAUAGGAAGCACUAAAAAGAAGCAGCAAUAAUACUCUAUAGACUCAACUAACAAACAUACUACAAUAAUAACCAAAACAAUAACGAGAAGAACCAGAAACAAGGUCUCUAAGGCUCACUGGCACACGACACGGCUUCUUCAUGGGAGCUGUACAAUUAACCUGUGGUAGUCAUUGAAUAUGCUAAGAUCCAACUCUUCCAAUUGAUGACUGUCGAUAUUCCUUUCAUGAGAGCAUACUUGGCAACCUCUUUGGCUCAGAACACAGCUUUAAUAGCCUUAUGCAACUGUCCUCCAGCUUCACCGAUUGCAUAGGAUCUUUUUGUUUGAAAGAAUUGGCUACCACAGUCCAAAAUUUCAGCAGUAAAGGCGGCUAAGACCAUGGCCUCUGCCUCAACCAUCGUAGGGUCUAUUUGCAUCAUUUCUUGGGCCACAACCUGCUCAAUUUGGCUGUGAUGGUUUCUGCAAACCGCAGCAAUACAAGACUUGUCUGCAUAGUCACAUGGUGGUAACCACUUUGCAUCAUUGUUGGCCAGAUUCUCCAAAGUCACAUGGUGCCACUCCAAUAGAUAACCAUGUAACAUCAUACAUAUAGAAUACUAAACUCUGUACGUUGUAGGCCAUGGAUAAUUUUGUUUCUCUCUUUCCAUAUCAAGUCCACCAAAAUUGAAGCUUGUGCCAUAAAUUCAGAAAAUUUUGUUUCAACAGAGGAGAUCCACUAUUGCUCCAUGGCCGCCUCUAAUGAUGGUAAUCCCUUCUCCGUUCUUGAUCAACCAAAUCGGUCCCCUACAGAUGAUAUUCGAAGCCCUUACUACCUCUCUAAUGGCGAUCAUCCAAGAGCAAAUCUUGUUUCGAAAAUCCUCACUGGUGGUGAAAAUUACAACUCAUGGAAACGCUCGAUGAUGAUUUCCCUCCUCGCCAAGAACAUGCUCAAGUUCAUUAAUGGUAAGCUUCCACAACCAGACCCCACUGAUGAUGACUAUGAUAUUUGGUGUAGAUGCAAUAGUAUGGUCAUUUCUUGGAUUCUCCAUGUCGUUUCUCCUAACAUUGCUGAUAGCGUCAUGUAUUUGGAUGAUGUUGUUGCCAUGUGGUCCAAGCUCCAUGAUCGCUUCCAUCAUAAUAAUGGUCCCCGAGUGUUCCAAGUAAAACGCUCUAUGCAAGCUUUGGUUCAGGGCUCUAAUGAUGUCACGGCUGCUUAUUUCACCAGACCUUAAAGCCCUUUGGGAUCUUUGAAAAGAAUUUCGCCCACAACCUGUUUGUAGUUGUGGCGAGCAAUGAAGAUUUUUUUGGACUAUCAAGAACAUGAUCGGGUUCUUGAGUUUCUCGUGGGGGGCU